UUCUCUUCUUCCACCAUUUUCAAACUUUCUUUCUUUCAUUCUUCCGUUGUCUUUCGAAACGAAUAACAAAGACAGCAAUCAUUGUCUUGUUGAAGAUAGAAGAAAGGCAUGGACAGCCUUGAAGAAAAAGUGUGUGUGUUCAUGCAUGAACAUUAUUCCAACGAAUCAGAUCAGUUAGAUCGCUCUCUGGAUGACCUUUGGUGCUACGAAAAUAGCAGCAGCGACUCUGAUGACCCACCAGAGAAGACUUUGUAUUGGGAAUCUCAGAUGGCACUGCUUCAGGAAAUUUUGGAGCGGUACCAUUUAAAGGGAUUGAAAUUGAGACAAGAGGCUGGUCAAAUAAUAAAAGAGGUCAAAGCUUCAGAAUUUUGCAGCUGCUUGAAGCCUAACUCUUCCCAUUGCACCACCUGUUUGAGAAGACGUGUGGUUGAUGAGCUCAGCGACAAAGGAUUCAGAACCAACCUUUGCAUAUCAAAAUGGGGAGCCACAAAAAAGUUUCUAGGAGGCUCUCACGAGUAUAUCGAAGUGGUUGCAAGCACAUUAAAAAGGAAGAAGCAGAUCUCAUUUCUGAUUGAAUUGGAAUUCAGGGAUCAGUUUGAGAUUGCAAAAGCAGGUGAAGAAUACCAGAAACUUGUGUCCUGUUUGCCUGAAUUUUUUGUUGGGAAGCCAGAUCACUUAACUUCCAUUGUUCGAGUUAUAUGUGGUGCUGCAAAGAAAUCAAUGAAGGAGAAGAAAAUGCAUAUGGGUCCGUGGAGGAAGAGCAGCUUCAUGCGAAUGAAGUGGUCAGGUUUCAAUCAAACAUGGAAUUCUGAUAAAUCCUUGGGUAGAUUUUCCCUUGGACAAGCAAGUGAAUCAUCUUUUCUGAGAAUUUCUGGAGCUCCUUUUGCUCUGAUAGUCACCUGAAUAGUUUUUUGAAUGAGAGAAAGUUAAAAUAUUCACAUGGUGGAUUUUGAUAGGGAACUUUGUUCUAAAAACCUCUUUAGUAGUAGGAGUUGAUGCCCCAGUUGAUUAUGAUGUAAUAUAUUCCCGUAGAAUAGCUUAUAUCAUCUGCUGUUACGCAGUAACUCAGUUUGGAAUUGUAGAUAUUCUAGUUGA